GUAAUGCAACCAAUCAGAUUUAUCUUCUAAAAACUAAUGUGAACGACUCAUCUGUUACAUUUUUUGAACACGUUUGAAUACGUUGGAAAACCUGACGAGAUCACGAGUACGGUGGCGACUUUUUAUUUACUGUAUAACAUAUUUACAUAUAAUAUAAAUUAACGUGUUGCGAUAUACGUAAUUAUUGGACAAUUAUUACGAACGCACUAGUAAAGAUUGAACUAUAUGUACACAGAAAAUUAGUGAGAUUUGUAUCCAAGUUUUCAUGUGAGGUUAUGCAAAGACAGAAUGAAGAGAUCGCAUACAAAAAGAGACGAGGAGGAGAACGACGAACGCUAUCGCAAGCGAAGAGAUCACACACGCAGCGACGACUAUAAGGAGUCCAGACACAAUGGUAAUCACAAAAGUUCCAGAGGCGAUGAUGAUCACAGAAGUUCCAGACGCGACGAUGAUCACAGAAGCUCGAAACGCGACUAUGAUCACAGGAGUUCCAGGCGCGAUGAUGAUCACAGGAGUUCCAGACGCGACGAUAACCACAGAAGUUCGAGACGCGACAAUGAUUAUCGGAGUAGUCGACGCGAAGAUCACAAAGAUCGUAAGUAUAAUGACGAUCGCAAGGAUUCUAGAGACAGCGAUAACGAGAGGCACAAGAAGCGCAAUUCACCGGAGGAAGAGAUAGGAACUAGAUAUUAUGGAGAACCGAAUAAAACGCAAGAAAAUCCAGAGGAAGUCAGGCAGAAGCGUACGGAUCUCCUGACUUCAAAAACAGGAGGUGCUUAUAUUCCACCUGCAAAACUGCGUAUGCUUCAAGCGGAGAUCACCGAUAAGUCGGGUGCUGCUUAUCAACGUAUCGCAUGGGAAGCCUUGAAGAAGUCCAUCCAUGGAUAUAUCAACAAAGUUAACACUAGUAAUAUAGGUAUUAUUACGAGAGAACUGUUGCAUGAAAAUAUUGUGCGUGGUAGAGGUUUGUUGGCACGAUCAAUCAUUCAAGCGCAAGCAGCUUCUCCAACAUUCACAUCCGUUUACGCAGCACUAACAUCUAUAAUCAAUUCCAAGUUUCCUAACAUAGGAGAACUGGUGCUGAAGCGUCUCGUGCUGCAAUUUAAACGCGGAUUUAAAAGAAACGAUAAACCUCUGUGUAUAUCUUCAGGAACAUUUAUAGCGCAUUUAGUUAAUCAGCGUGUAGCCUAUGAGAUUAUCGCUUUGGAAAUCUUAACUUUGCUGUUAGAAACGCCGACGGACGAUUCCGUGGAAGUGGCCAUAGCAUUUCUGAAAGAGUGUGGCAUGAAAUUGACAGAGGUUUCGCGAAGAGGCAUUGAAGCUAUCUUUGAGAUGCUGAGAAAUAUAUUGCACGAGGGACAAUUGGACAAGCGAGUUCAAUACAUGAUAGAAGUUAUGUUUCAAAUUAGAAAAGACGGAUUUAAGGAUCACGAAGCCGUGCCUGAAGAAUUAGACCUCGUGGAGGAAGAACAUCAAAUUACCCAUCUGAUAAGACUGGACGAUGAGAUGAAUGGACAAGAUAUACUUAAUGUGUUCAAGUUUGACACGGACUAUCUCGCCACUGAAGAGAAGUACAAGCAAUUGAGCAAAGAGAUCCUUGGCUCGGACGAAAGCGAUUCGGAAGGUGAUGACGAGAACGAGGAGGAGGAAAGUUCGGAUGAAGACAGCGGUGCGGAGCAAACCGAAGGAAAAGAAGGUGUCAUACUCGACAAUACGGAAACAAAUUUGACCGCUCUUCGACGUACUAUAUAUCUAACGAUACAUUCCUCGCUCGAUUUCGAAGAAUGCGCACACAAGCUGAUGAAGAUGCAGCUGAAACCUGGACAGGAAAUCGAGCUUUGCCACAUGUUCUUAGACUGUUGUGCAGAAAUGCGGACAUAUGAGAAGUUCUUCGGGCUCUUGGCCGGUCGAUUUUGCGCCAUCAACAAGAUGUACGUGACACCAUUCGAGCAGAUCUUCAAAGAUUCGUACCAUACGAUACAUCGUCUCGAUACCAACAAAUUGCGAAACGUGUCGAAAUUUUUUGCACAUUUGUUGUUCACAGACUCUAUAUCGUGGAGCGUGCUGUCGUGCAUAAAACUAAACGAGGAGGACACCACUAGUUCCAACAGAAUAUUUAUCAAGAUUCUGUUUCAAGAGCUUUCCGAAUACAUGGGCCUAGCAAAGUUGAAUGAACGAGUCAAGGAUGUGACACUGCAGGAAGUGUUUGAAGGACUCUUUCCUAGAGAUGAUCCGAAGAAUACACGUUUCGCAAUUAAUUUUUUCACUUCCAUUGGUUUAGGUGGUCUGACAGACGAUUUAAGAGAACAUUUGAAAUCCCAUCCAAAGCCAGUUGCUGUGCCGGUGAUAAUCACCAAGGAGGAAGAACUCUCGAGCUCCGAUGAGUCCGCUUCGUCGUCAAGCUCCAGUUCGUCUAGUUCGACAACAACUGAUUCAUCCUCGUCGUCGUCGUCGGAAGAUGAAGUUCCAGUGAAAAAGAAGAAAAGUAAACAAAAGAAAUCGAAGGACAAAAAGGAAGAGAAACAUAAAAAGACGCAAAAGAAGAAAAAGAAAAAUAAGACGGCAAAGAAAGAUAAAUAA